CUCACCCGUCUGGCUUGCGCACAUCCCCUCCGCAGCCUCCGCUCCCGCCCCGCUCCAAGUGCGCGCCUUUGCUACCGCGCCGGCCCUUCCAAUGCGCCUGGCGGAGAUGAUCAAGAAGAUGAGCCCCGGCGAGCCGGAGUUCAGCAUCCCGGCCAAGAACUGCUACCGCAUGGUGGUGCUGGGCUCCUCCAAGGUGGGCAAGACGGCCAUCGUCUCCCGCUUCCUCACCGGCCGCUUCGACGACCAGUACACGCCCACCAUCGAGGACUUCCACCGCAAACUCUACAGCAUCCGCGGCGAGGUCUACCAGUUGGACAUCCUGGAUACGUCGGGCAACCACCCCUUCCCGGCCAUGCGGCGCCUCUCCAUCCUCACCGGAGACGUCUUUAUCCUCGUGUUCAGCCUGGACAACCGGGACUCCUUUGAGGAAGUCCAGCGCCUGAAGCAGCAGAUCCUGGAAACCAAGUCUUGCCUGAAAAACAAGACCAAGGAGAACAUCGAGGUUCCUUUGGUCAUCUGCGGGAACAAAGGUGACCGGGACUUCUAUAGGGAGGUUGACCCCAGGGAGAUUGAGCAGUUGGUGGGCCAGGACUCCAAAAAGUGUGCCUAUUUUGAGAUCUCUGCCAAGAAGAACAGCAGCUUGGACCAGAUGUUCCAAGCUCUUUUCACCAUGGCCAAACUGCCCAGCGAGAUGAGCCCAGACUUGCACCGCAAGGUGUCCGUGCAAUAUUGUGACCUUUUGCACAAGAAGGCCCUCAAGAGCAAAAAGCUGCUGAAGGACAGCACUGGAGAUGGGAGCGGAGAAGCCUAUGGCAUCGUGGCCCCCUUUGCUCGCAGACCCAGCGUCCACAGCGACCUCAUGUACAUCAGGGAGAAGGCCAUCCGGGGCGGGCAGGCCAAGGACAAGGAACGCUGCGUGAUCAGCUAAGGCUCUUCCCUCCAGCCUUCAGACCUUCCUGGCCAAGGGGGGGAAGAGGUUCUUUGAUAUCUAAACUCUGCCAGCCCGCCUGGUGGGCAUGCGCCUUGGUCUGAGCCCGUGGGACACGGUGCCUCCUCACUCUCCACGGGGACCUUCCUGCCAUCUGCUCCCCUUGGUUAUUUUCAUUUUAGCAAGAGCGGAGCGAGGCUGGACCGCCCAACCAGGGCCAGCAGAGGACCUGGAACUGGAGAAGAGACGUCGCAAACUCAGUUGAGUCAAGGAGACCCUCCGUGGAGUGACGCUGCAUUGCCUUUGCAG